AUGACAGAGUCUGUAAAGCAGAGAUGUUUCCGUGUAACGCCAAAACAGAGCUGUGGUAGUGUGAAGGAGGGGGAGGAUGUUUUCCUGCAGUGUGCUGUUGACAACCAGCAAGGCAAAGCACAGUGGACCAAGGAUGGCUUCGCUCUGGGUUUCGAGCGCCAUGUGCCCGGUUACCCUCGCUAUUACUACACUGGGGACCCUCUGCUGGGGGAACACCACCUGGUCAUUAACGGUGUCACCCUCACAGAGGACGGCGAGUACCAGUGUCAGGUGGGGCCCACCAUCACCAGCCCACCUAUUUGGGCAGCUGCCAACGUUACUGUCAUAUUGGCACCCAGCAGUGUCACCAUCGUGGGCUGGGCAGACGGUGCCGUGGUGGAGGUGAUGGCUGGCACAUCAAUCACUCUGGAGUGCCUGGUUGCUGACGCCAGACCCCCGCCCAGGGCCGCCUGGUUCAGGGGAGGCAUCAAAGUCGAUCCAGCUCUACAGGAGGAUCGAGUAGAGUUGUCGAGACUGGCCAGACGUUGGAACACCAGGAGCCAGCUGGUAGUGUCGGCGACAUCCAGUGACGACGGCAAGGCGUUCUCUUGCUUGGCGGUGCACCCGGCGCUGCCCCAUGAUCCUGACGACCCGACCUCUCUCCUCGCCUCCAUCACGCUCUCUGUCUUGCAUCCCCCAGGGCACCCCACCAUCUCAGGUUACACCACAGGGGAGGUUCUAUUGGCUGGGGAGCGCCGCACCCUCUCCUGCAGGGUAUCCGGGGGUAAUCCACGCCCCUGGGUGCUGUGGUAUCGCGAGGGACGCCUCCUAGACGAUACCACAGCAGUUGACGCUACCGGAGUGUACAACGCUUACGAGGUUAAGGUGACGGCAGAGGAAGACGGAGCCGUAUACGAGUGUAGCGUUACUAAUGAUCUGUUGGAAAACCCACUGACAGCAAAUGUUACCCUCACUGUCUACUAUGCACCGAGGCUGGUAAGCAUCACGGGUCCUUCCCAGGUUGAGGAGGGCAAGACUCUCGACCUUACCUGCACCACCAGCGUCUCCAACCCCCCAGCCUCUCUCAGCUGGUCUGUGGCAGGAGAGACACUUGAAGAGAUCAAGUCAGUAGUAGAGAGACAGGAGGAUGGUGGGUGGGUGACCUUCUCUCACCUGGGUCAGCAUCCCGUGGGUCAGCACAACCUGACAGAGGUCAUGGUCGAGUGUCGAGCUGUCAACCCAGCCGUGGAACACGUCGUCAAGAACUUCAAGAUCAUCACUAUUACCAAGCCCCCUGGAGUGCCGGUGUUCGUGGGUAACCUUCAGCGAGAAAUCAUCGCUGGUACCACACUAGAUGUGACCUGUACUACUGUGGGAGGUCAUCCACCCCCUACUGUGAGGAUAUACAAGGAGUCUGAGGCGCUGCUGACGGAGCUACAGCGGGAGGGCAGCAACCUGACCCGGGCCAGGGCGGAGGUGCUGGUGUCACCUGGUGACAACGGUGCUGAACUCACCUGUCAUGCCUCCACCUCCACCCACUCCGCUCCAGUUACCACCUCCGUCAACCUCAACGUACUCUUUGCUCCUUGGGAGGUGAGAGGCUGGGUCUCCCCCAGCACUGUGGAGGCAGGAGAGAUAGUAAGCAUCUCCUGUGAGAGUUCCUCCAGCAUCCCUCCGUCAAACAUCUCCUGGAGUUCCCAGGGAGUCGUCUUAGAGGCUUCCUCCUUCCACUCUUCCAAGGGUGCCUUUGGGGGCACAAUUACCAGGUCAGAACUACAGCUGGAGACGAACGCGGGGGACAACGGCCGAGUGAUCGUAUGCACGGCAGGGAACGGACUUCACAAACCCGUUCAUAGAGAGAUCGUACUUGACGUUCUUCGUGAUUACCUUAAGGUGAAUGAAGAGGAAAUUGUGAAACUACCGAGUAGCGGUAAAGCCUUAGUAAGUCAGUGCCUAGUGCCAGGGAGGGCUGGUGGCUUCCCAGGGCUGGUGCCAGAGAUGGCUGGUGGCUUCCCAGGGCUGAUGCCAGGGAGGGCUGGUGGCUUCCUAGGGCUCGUGCCAACGAGGGUUGGUGGCUCCCCAGGGCCGGUGCCAGGGUGGGCUGGUGGCUUCCCAGGGAUGGUGGCUCACCGGGGCUGGUGCCAAGGAGGGCUGGUGGCACCCAGGGCUUGUGCCAGGGUGGGCUGGUGGCUUCCCAGGGAUGGUGGCUCACCGGGGCUGGUGCCAAGGAGGGCUGGUGGCACCCAGGGCUGGUGCCAGGGAGAGCUAGUGCCGGAGCUAUGGGAUCACAGUGCCACUAGCUUUUCCAGCCGACCCUCGUUGAAAAAUGGAUGA